AUGACUCUCGUCACCCGAUCCGCCAUCCGUCUCUCCAGGCGAGGGGGCCAGCAGCUCCGCAACGCCCGCGCCAACGCUGCCCUCUUCACCACCGCCGCCGCCCAGGCAAAGACCGUGCUCCCCGGCCUCAACGCUUCUUCUUCCAGGGUCACCCUCCCCGCCAAGGCUUCUGGUGCUGCCCGAACCUACGCCACCCCCGCUGGUGUCCAGACCGGUCACAUCAAGACCGUCAUUGGUGCCGUCGUCGAUGUCCACUUUGACUCUGAGAACCUCCCCCCCAUUCUCAACGCCCUCGACGUCCAGUACGGUGAGGGUCAGACCGCCCCUGAAGGCGGCCGACUCGUCCUCGAGGUCGCCCAGCACUUGGGUGAGAACACCGUCCGAUGCAUUGCCAUGGAUGGUACCGACGGUCUCGUCCGAGGCCAGAACGUCGUCGACACUGGUGCCCCCAUCAAGGUCCCUGUCGGCCCCGCUACUCUUGGUCGAAUCAUGAACGUUAUCGGUCAGCCCAUCGACCAGCGUGGCCCCAUCAAGGGUGUCAAGGAGAACCCCAUCCACGCCGAUGCCCCCCUGUUCGUUGACCAGUCUACCCAGGCUGAAGUCCUCGAGACCGGUAUCAAGGUCGUCGACCUCCUCGCCCCUUACGCCCGAGGUGGUAAGAUUGGUCUUUUCGGUGGUGCCGGUGUCGGCAAGACUGUUUUGAUUCAGGAGCUUAUCAACAACAUCGCCAAGGCCCACGGUGGUUACUCUGUCUUCACCGGUGUCGGUGAGCGAACCCGUGAGGGUAACGACUUGUACCACGAGAUGAGGGAGACUGGUGUCAUCAACCUCGAGGGUGACUCUAAGGUCGCUCUUGUCUUCGGUCAGAUGAACGAGCCCCCUGGAGCCCGUGCCCGUGUCGCUCUUACCGGUUUGACCAUCGCCGAGUACUUCCGUGAUGACGAAGGUCAGGAUGUGUUGCUCUUCAUUGACAACAUUUUCCGAUUCACCCAGGCCGGUUCCGAGGUGUCUGCCUUGCUCGGUCGUAUCCCCUCCGCUGUCGGUUACCAGCCCACUCUUUCCACCGACAUGGGUGGUAUGCAGGAGCGAAUUACCACCACCAAGAAGGGUUCUAUCACUUCCGUCCAGGCCGUCUACGUCCCUGCCGAUGACUUGACUGACCCUGCCCCCGCCACCACCUUCGCCCACUUGGACGCCACCACUGUGUUGUCUCGAGGUAUUGCCGAGCUCGGUAUCUACCCCGCUGUCGACCCCCUCGACUCCAAGUCCCGAAUGCUCGACCCCCGAGUCGUCGGCCAGAGGCACUACGACAUUGCUACCCGAACUCAGCAGAUCCUCCAGGCUUACAAGUCUCUCCAAGAUAUCAUUGCCAUUCUCGGUAUGGACGAGUUGUCCGAAGAGGACAAGAUGACUGUCGAGCGAGCCCGUAAGAUCCAGCGAUUCAUGUCUCAGCCCUUCGCUGUGGCCCAGGUCUUUACCGGUAUUGAGGGUCGACUUGUCCCCCUCAAGGACACCGUUAACGCUUUCGAGGAGAUCCUCGAGGGUAAGCACGACCACAUCCCCGAGAACGCCUUCUACAUGGUCGGUGGUAUCGACGACGUCAAGGCCAAGCACGAGAAGUCCCUCAAGGAGACUGGUGCCUAA